AUGAGGUCUGUGGCGCGACUCUGUGGCGCCAGGCGAUCAACAGGAAGGGCGCAACAGGAAGGGCCGUGGGUGAACGGCACCUGCAACCCCCCUCCCAUUGACAUCGACGUGGAGCGAACCGAGGUGCACCCGCUGUACAAGCCAGGCGUGGCCACCCACCACGACAUCGCGCUGGUGCGGCUGUCGCGGCCCGUGUGCCUGCCCGUCACCCGGGAGAACCUCAACCUGCGCCUCGACGGCCAGGCGCUGGUGGCGGCGGGCUGGGGCCUCACCGAGGACAACGUGGGCAGCAACGUCCUGAAGGAUGUCAUCCUUACUGUGGUGCCCUUGGACAAGUGCAAGCAGGUUUUUGAACGGCCCGGCCUGCAGACGGAGAUCGUCCCGCAGCAGCUGUGCGCGGGCGGGGAGGCCGGCAAGAACGCGUGCAACGGCGACAGCGGCGGGCCCCUCGUCAUGGAUGCGCUCUCCGCCGACGGGCUGGAGUCGAAGGCGGUGCUCUUCGGCAUCGUCUCCUUCGGCCACAACACCUGCACCACGGAGGGCGUGCCGGGCGUGUACACGCGCGUCGCCUUCUACAUGAAGUGGGUGCUGGACACCAUGACGCCUUGAGGGCUGCGAACCAACUCUUGCGCGCUUAGGCGCUCUUGCUUGCAGGCUGGCAUGGAGAGGUUUCAUUCUAACAUACUUUUGGCACGAUCAAAAGAUGGUUGUUGCUCCAUUCAUUGAAUGUUCAAAAGUAGUGAUUGAUGGUGUACGUGGAAGAAUUUAAACUGGAAGUAUGUAUGCGGUUUAAGCAAUAAAAAUGCAUUUUGAUGUUUUAAA